CCGACCGGCCACCUGCUCCUGGCGUCCUGUUGGACGCCCGCCUCCUGACCUCCUCCUGUUCCACGUCCGCGGCCAUCACGGGCACGGCUGGAGUGGCACUAAAUAUCUCGAAGAUUCACCUUUGAAGAAAGUGUUACUCCAGGACCUCUUGAUUAGAUUGGAUCUAGGCCUCUGCUCCCCUCCGUCAAAUGGCUACUGUCCGUGAGCCACCUCCGUGGGCGAGUGCCCCUCAACUUGAUUUCCAACUAUUCAAAAAUCCAACCAAAAUGGCAAGAUCGUACCACUCAUUAGGGGUCAGUGUGAGAAGGCUGCUGAUGCAAAAAUCAAACGAAGAAGGAGGCACUAAUUUUGUGAAGGAGGUCCAAAUUACCGGCUCUAUUGAUUUUGUUCAUGCAAUUCUGGAGUUAACAACCACACCAAGCUAUUUCAUCAUCAACAUGAUUCCACCUCCUGACAUAGAAGAUCACACACAUUUGCAUAGGGAGCUUAAGUUAUUGUAUGAUGCAAGCUCGAUGUAUAAGCUUGGCUUCUCUGCAAAUGUUGUUUGGCAUGUUUUCAAAGAUGCAAUUUUGCCAGGAGUUGAAAAACAACAGGAAGAGAAGUACAAUGUUGAAAGGCUUGACUUCGACGGUAGUUAUAAAGACAUUGGGGUGGACUUCAGGGAAUUGAUUACCGGUUUUGAUGGGCAGCUGGAUACCUACAAAGUAUUGGUAGAUCUUGCUCAUGCAACUCGUAAACAAAUAAUCAAAGCCUCGUGCCGCAACGUGGUCACCAUUUCCGAACCAAUGCGAUUUCCAAUCCUAUUCAAGCUACACGUCACAAACUUUCAGGAAGGUAAUCUGUGUGCUGUAUUAGAUGCUUCAGUCAAGAAAGAUGAGACAUAUCGGAAUAUAUCUUCUCAUUUCAACGACUGGAGCAAUUACUCUGAGAGAUGCAGAAAAGGAAGGGUACAGUUUGCUGCAGAAUGUGAAAGGUUUUACCAAGAGCUACGCAAGGACCUAAUACCAGGAAUUCCAACUUUUGAUGCUUUGCUAACUUUUGUGGGUCUUUUGUCAAAUAAAGACCAUAAAAAAAUUCAUAAGCAAGAGCAGUCUGCAAAGCACAUCAAACAUUCUUCUGUAAACCCAGAUGAUCGCAGUAAGGGUGGUCGGGAUGAGGACCCUCCGAGUGAUAAAGAUGAGAAUAAUCAAGAAAGACAGAAGAACAAGGAUACCUCUUCAGCUUGGUUUUUUGAGUCCCAUGUGAUGCCAUACCAUUGGAUUGGAAUGACGACAAAGGUGAUGAUAUGCGUGCCGGCGGACUACAACAUGCAGCUGCUCGAUGCCAUCUACUACAACUUCAUUGACGCUCUCCCAGUGGUCAGCUAUUGCUCAGAGAACAUUAAGCUUCUGUUCUACUUUACCUCUGAGAUAUGUGGCAAGAUCAUCGGCCGCUUCAUCGCCAAGGAUCAUCCCCACCAUAAGGAAACUGAUUUUUUCGAGCUGAAAGUUGGCGAGUCACCCUACAUCUUUGGUCCAAUUGUGAAGCAGAGGCGAUCCUACUCAUGUGUGACGCCGCUUAUUUUCUCUGAGGAUUUAGAAAAUGAUUUUGAAUUCACGGUUGUGAGGCCUUUCAAUUGGACUGGACCAAUGAUGGACUUCAUUCCUGACACUGAUGGUCCCAGGGAGGGCGUUCCACGGGUUUUGGCUUGCUUCAAUAAAAAUCUCCUCCGCAGAGAGACCUGGAAGCUUGCUGAUGGCGGGAAUUCUCAGAGAACUUAUGUUUGCAUCAAGGAAGCCAUUGAUGCAGCUCUUCUUUUGAUGAUUGCACAUGGUCAUGUCCCAGGAGAGCAACCUUUGAUUGCUAUGAGUUCCAAACGACUCUAUGGUGAAGGAUACAACGACAGGAUUCUUGAUGUUACUCUAAUCAUAGAGCAGCUAGUAGGUCACAUCUCCACUGUUGGGGGUCCGAGCACAUUCACUGCUAGGGAAUUUACUGAAAUGAUGACAUGUGCACCUUUGAUUGAGGCGAGCGCAGAGCAGUUCUUGGGCAAAGGAUAUGACGGCAGCGACGACAAGAGGAUUCCAGGCGUGACCCCGAUCAACAAAAAGCAGCUAGGAGAGCCACUGCUGGAGGAUCCUUUGAUUGAGGCGAGCACAGAACAGUCUUUGGGCGAAGGAUACGACGACAGCAACAAGAGGAUUCCUGAUGUGACGCUGAUCAACAAGCAGCUAGGGUGGAACCCAAACGAUGCCUCUCCUAAGGAACUGCUGCCGACAGCACUGACGACCUUGCAGCACAAGACCAUGCGGACAAGUUGUCGAAAGGCAGAUGUCACAGGCUCCAUCGUCGAGUUACACAACAUGUCGCAGUCUUGGAUUCUGCGGCGAACACUGAUGAUCAUGUAGAGAGCAGUUUUUUGCAAGCCAUAUAGAUAGAUAGAUACACAUACUACACACUCUCAUCGCUGAACAUGUAAAGUCCUUGCGUAAACGGGCGGAGCUGAUGUACAUUAUUCCACAAAUUCCGGGGCCUGCGGGCAUCGAUGAUGCGGGGCUGGAAGUAUAUUACGCACGUUGGUUUGGAGCUGAAGAUCUUGAGUUACAAACCUGGUUGGUUGAUUUGUUGGUUCACUGCCUAGAGCUUACAA